GUGAGCCGCCAUCUGCCAUGUUUGUAGCCUGCUCGGGGGUGCAGAUCACCGCCGCAUAGACGCACUUCUUCACUAAAUCUUCUCCUUUUUAAUGUCACAAUGUGGAGGUGGUGAAGUGUAGAUGCGCCUCGCAGUUUAUCAGUGAGAGUUGGAGGGAGCCGCAGCAGCAGCAUGUCAGCCAACGCUCAAGAUUUUGACUUUGAAUAUGACAAACCUGGUGCUGAGAGGUCACGCAGGAGAAGGGGUGAAGAUGAUACCCUCGAGAGUGAUUUGGAUGAGGAUUUGUUGGAUGAGGAUUGGCUGUCUAGUAAAAAGAAUCCUUCAGAAGCAUCAGAUGAGGAGUUAAAUGAUGCCCUCCUUCAAAGUGACGAUGAAGAGAUUAAUAUGAAUAUGAGUGGUCAGGAUGUCAGCCUCAAUACAUCAUACAACUUGGGUACAUCCUAUGAAAAGCAGGGCCAUUCACAGGAAACGGACUAUGCAGAUGAUGUAAUGAACCAGAAUGCAGAGGGCUGCGAAGAAGGAUAUGGAGAGGAGGAGGGGUAUGAGCGAGAGGGGGAAGAGGCAUAUACACAGUACAAUCAAGAAGACAACACAGAGAUGUCUGAAGACCAAAUCGAUUACACUGGAAGGCUAUCAGAGGGGGACGACGGCUACCAGGAUGAAGUGCUAGACCUUGGAAUCGAUCCUAUAGACGAUCCUAUAGACGGUGAUUUUCAAGAUGAAGAAUACCAGACCUCCCGUGGAGAUGAACCUCUUGAUGAAGAUGGAACCGCACAGCAAGAGGGCAGUAAGGAGGUGGAAGGAGAAGAGCAGCAAGACCAACAAGAUGCCCCUGAGGAACCUGUUGACUGUGACACAGAAGAGGUUGAACAAGAACCUUUAUUCAACGAUGACUCAAAGGAGGAAUCUAAUGAAGAAGAGGAUGAAGAUGAAGCUUCUGGCAGAAUGCGCUUCAAAUCUGAGAGGAAGGAUAGCCCUAUCGUGCGAUUGGCGGCUCCAAGUAGUAAGAGGAGGAACAUUCCUGACACUCUAGAACUUUCGGAGGAGGCCAAAAAAGAUCUGAUGGAGUUUGAGGAACAAGAACGUCAGAAGAGACAAAUCCGCCAGGGAGGUCGAGGCAGAGGAGGAGGGCGAGGAGGCAGAGGAAGAGGAGGAUUUCAUGGGUUUGGAAUGCCAGAUUUUAGAGCAAAGAGAGGAAGAAUGCAUGACCAGAUGCUCCCCUUGAUGGGAAACAUGGGCUUACAGCCAUCUUCACGAAUGGCUCCUCCUCCUCAUCAUUCACAGCUGCAGCACCACCCUUCACGUCCAAGAGGGCCUUCGCCCUUUCAGGAGCACGGGCGGCCCAUUCCCCAGCAGCCCCUUCAGCCCCUCAUCCCCCAUCACAUGGCUCAUCGCUCCCCGCCACUGCGACCCCAGAUGGAGCCCCCACCACGAAUGAUGAGCUCCCCCCCACCCAGCUUCCCUCAGCAUCAUCAGCAGCAGCCCCCACAGCCCAAAAACAUUCACAUUAACCCCCACUUCAGAGGACCCGCUCAAUCUCCUGUACAAGUGCCCUUGAUGCCUCCUGCUCAGAGCCAGACCAGACCUGCUGUGGGUCCUCAGAGGUUCCCUGGACCGGUAGACUUCCAGCAGCACAUGCCAGGUAAUUUUGUCCAGCCCCAGCGGCCCCCUCAUCACAUGGAGCCCUUGAGGAACCAGCCACCUCAAGGCCCCCAGGACAGAGAUCCCCUAUUUAUGGGAGAUACAUCACGGUUCCCAGGACAGAACAUGUUUGAUCACCAGGGCCCCGGCCCGCUCAUGAACAGCAGCAACAACCUGCACCAGCAGCAGAUGCCGGGCCAGGGCCACAUGGGCUUCGGCCCACCAGGACCCCCGUUCAACCAGCCGGGCCAAGGCCCAAUAGGACUCUUUCAAAGGGAACCCCCAAGACCCAACCUCCCCCCACACCAAGGCCACCAGGGGAUGGUGAACUUUAACCAACAAGGUGGUCCUCCAAACCAGCCCAGGCCUUUCAUGGGCCCCCGCCAGUCCUUUGGGCAGCAGGGGAACCUUUUCUCUCAUCCACAAGUUCAGUUUGGGAUGCAGGUACGAUUGAGACUCCCACAUCAUGACCCCCUGUCACCCCAUGCCAUCCACCAGCAGCAGCAACACCAUAGACAAGACUUACCCCAUCAUCACCAGCAACCGCUAAACCACGGAGAGCCUCGCCCCGUAAUGCAUCAUGGUCAGAAUCCUUUCAGUCAGCAGCAGGCACAUGGCGCUCCCAGGCAGAUGACUCCCCGCCCUCAGAACCUCCAACAGCGUAACAUGUCAAACAGGCACAGAAUGAACACACCCAUCUCCAAACAAAUGCAGCAGCGCAACAGCAACCUACGGGAGCUCCCUGUAGCGCCUUGUAACACAAGCACAAACAGUGGCCGUCCCGCCCCAAUCCUCGCGUCUCCCACCGCCAACAUCAGGCCCGUUUCCAGGACAACACAGGGGAUGCGCCCCGGACAGAACGUGCCACUGAUGUCUGGCGGUGGCAGAGGACGAGGACGAGGCCAAGUGGCUGCAAAACCUGAACCUCAGCUUGGGGAAGCAGGCAGGACAGUGAUUAAUAAGGAGAUCGCAACCAAGAAGCAGGACCCCGAUGAAGACGAGGAGACGCGGCAAUACCGCCUAAAGAUCGAGCAGCAGAAGCGUUUGAGAGAGGAGAUUUUAAAGAGGAAGGAGAUGCGACGGCAGGUGCAGGCUGGUGUCAGAAAGAAGGAGCUGCUGGAAAGACUCAAUGCUCAGACGAGCACGCCAAGCCAAGCCUCUGCCCCUGUACAGACUCAGCCCGCACAACCAAAUCCACAAACACAACCUCCUGUUCAACAGCAGCCACCACCACCCCCGACACCAACACAACCCGCUCAGCAGCAACUGGAACAAAAACGACAGCAACGGCUGCAAGGACAGCAGCCGAGACCGUUUCCUCAGAGAACACAGCAAUCAUUGACUCAAACAUUAAAGAAUCCUAAUCAAGGCAAUAACAUCCAUCCCAGCAGUGCUGCUCUGACCCCCACGCCACGUCCCAAUGUCAAGACUCGCCUGCAGAUGGUUAAAGGCAGCGCGCAGCAGCAACAGACUCCUGGUCCUGGUCCUGGUCCUGGUCCUGGUCCUGGUCCUGGUCCUGGUCCUGGUCCUGGUCCUGAGCAGCAGUGGAAGCAGCCCAGACUGAAUCAGCAGCAGGUGCUGCAACAAAGGAACAGUUCUCUGCAGAGCGUCGGCUCCCAGGUUCCCUCUGUUCAGGCUUCGGAAAAAACCCCAAUUCCCUCAGUGAAUCCAGGCCUCGCUCAGACUGAGGGACCUAAACCUGGCGCCAAAAGGACCGUGAUGGAGCGAACCAAAAGCUCUGGUGGCGAAAGCCAGCAAAUACCACAAAAAGUGAGAGUCGUCAAACUUUCAGGACUGACUGGAAAGGGGCCUGAGGCCAGCGUCGGCCCCGCGCAGCAGCAGGGCACCGGCCAGGCGGCUCCACUCAACCAGGGCCUCCAAAGGAAGGUUACAAUGACGGGACAGCAGCAACAGGGACCAGGCGGAAGACCGCAGGCUAGCCUUGGGGGCACGGCCGACUCGCAGCAAAGCAGGGUCGUGGUGUCGGGCCGGGGUCGAGGCAGAGGAGGCGCUCCGAUAGGUCGAGGGCGUGCAGUGACCACCAGACUGAGCCAGAAAGCUGCAGAGAACCUCUACUGUACUGUGUCCAUAGAGGGCCUCUCCUCAUCUACAACCGAAUUUCAGCUCAAGAGCCUCCUCAAGUCCAUUGGACCGAUAGAGAUGUUCCAAAUGAUGCCCCAGCAGAGGAAAGCCAUUGCCAAAUUUUCCACUCCUCAACACGCCGCAAGUUUUCAAACGAGCUUCCAUAGGCACAUGAUUGAUUUGUCCCACAUUGACGUGUCACUGAUUGAUGGAUGAGGAGCAACAACAAAGCCUGGGAGUCUGUUACAAGAUGGCACUGUCCUCUGAUGUGGGAGUUUCUCGUGCAUAACUCCAGCCCUGGUUCAGGAUGAUUUCUUCACCUCUUUGGAACUACUCGUCGUCGUCUCUGCAGAUCUCACCGUUCGUCUCCUGCCAACUUGGACCAAUGAACACAGAGACAUUAGUUGUGAGCAUGCAUGUGUUUGACCUCGCCCACCAAGUUGUUGUAGUUAUGAAGUGGCACUGGACAGACGCUGGACAGUGAAUUUUAAUUUGUAGUUUGUGAAGAAUCUUUUUUUCAUUUUUGCAACCUAACAUGGACACUGAAGUAGAACUUAUCACGAGAUAAUGGUUGCUCCCCCGCUCAGCAAAUUAAUAAUAACAUGCAAAAGACCUGAACGUUAUAAUUUAGUUUAAUAACACGCAAAAGACAUGACCGUUAUAAUUUAGUUUAUAAUAACUUGACCGUCAUAAUUUGAAUUUAACUGCCUUUUAUAGUGUUUUUUUUUUGUUUUUUGUUUUUCUUUUAAAAUUUAAAUCCUAUCAGUGGUCUGGUGUUUUCAUACAGGGAACGGUUGUGACAGAAUGCAGUGUUUCUCCUCCCCUGUAGAUGGCAGCAUCCCAUCACUGUUGCUCCUUUGUUCUUCCCAGUCCUGCUUCCCCCUGCUCGCUUAGUUUGCUCAAUGGCGCCACCUAGUGGAGAUGUUGAAUACAGGAACAGCGGUGGCCGGGCUGUCAUGAUUUUACUUUUAAGAUAGAGACUGUAACAGUUUUAUUUUUCGAAAUUCCCAGUAACUUGGGAAGAUGGAAGAAGCUUGUAUAGAUUGAGCAGCAUCAAGGCUGCUCCCGGAAAUGAAAGUUACCAUUGUUUGUUCGGUCAUUUGCUGUUGCUAUUUGUUCAGAAUGUUAUUAAGUCUUUUAACUGUUAACUUUGUUUUGGAUUCUUCAGUCUUGGCUGUUUUUCGCAAACAUUUUAAUUGUGUGUCUGAUUAUGGAGUAGUUAAGUUUAGGUUUCAGGUCGUUGUUGAGUGCAUAAGUGAAGAUGCAAAACUUAAAGGCAUACAUGGUUCAUACGUGGUAGAUCAUAAAGAAUUGUUUCAAUUCUUAGGAUGAACACAUUUCUGUGAAAUUCAACAUUUCUUACUCGUCUUUGGGACUGGAAUAAUGCAGAUUUGGCUGUUUGACCGUCAACUGAUUGAGUCCUGAUAACUUGGCUGUGGAAGAGCGCUUUGGAUAACUGAGCAUUUGCUUAGAUAGAAAAGUCUAAAGAUAUUUCUCACAAAACGUUGAACUGUUUAACUGUGAACUGACCUUGUUGUGGUCAAAUACCUUUUCUCAAACACAGAAAUUAAGAAGUUACACUUGUACUUCACCUAAUGCAUUUUUUUUUCUCUAAGAAUGUGACGUAAGAGAAAACCUCUAGGAUCCAGCUAAUUUCUGCAUCCAGCGUUUGUUUGAUUUCAUUGAAAAAACAUUUCUGGUGAAAUAAGUUGACGUAGAUCUUCAUUCGGGUUCAUCUUGAUUUGAAAAGAAAAAAAAAACACUUUUCUUGAUUGCUCAAACUAGUCUUAGUUUAAAAUGUGAGUAAGAAAAUAGUUCCAACUUUAUUGUUCCACAGUAACAGAAGUUCAGAAAGGAUGUUUUUGUACAUUAUUCAAAAGAAGUUGACGGGGGCAACCAUUAUCUAUGAAUCGAUCAUGUACAUAAGUAAGAAAGAAACUUUACUUCAGCAUUUACCCUGUACAUUUUUUUUUUCCCCGUGUUGUAUCCAGUUAACCAAUUUUAUAUGUAAGUAUACGCUGAUGUGUCCAGGCAUAAAUCAUUUUACUAGUAGUUUGUUUCUAUUUUAGAACCAAAAUGACAAAUGGCUGGACUACAUUUCUGUUUGAGACAUUUGACACGUUUAAAAGAAAAUAAGACAAGAAUGAUAAUAAAAAAAACACAAAACCAAAAUAGAGCUGAUAUGCCGUGAAAAUGAUGGUAUGUGAAGUCCAAAGGUGGGUGUGUGCGCGCUUAUGUGUGUUUUUGAUUGUGUGUGUGUGUGCGUGUGUGUGUGAGUGUGUGUGAGAGAGACACACACUGUGUCCGGUGCCUUUUACAAUGUCACAUCUUUAUUUGUGUCACUUUUAAACACCUGUACUUUACAGAUAUGUGAACUUAUGGGUAUUCACCUUGUAUAUAUCCGUCAUGGAAGUAUUAUAUACUUUAGGAUUAAAUUAUUGAAGGGGAAAAAAGGUGAUUUUUGUAAGUUUAAAAAUGAUAGAAAUUAAAAAAAAAAAAAUUGCCAAGAAAAAACCACCUCAUAGCUGGCAGAGAAUACCGCUGAAUUUUAACACUGAAUUUAUUUGCUUUACAUUUAAACAUCAUUGACACUUUGAAAAUGUAACUGUGAUGACAGCCUGUAACUAAAGGUUUGUAGUUAUAGGAAUAUGUUUUCUUCUGUUUGAGCAAAGAAUAUCAACCUCAAAAACAUAUUUACUUUGAUAAAAGCCGCUCUUGGGUGCUGCUCUGAAUGACAUCACAGAUCCAUUUGAGGACUUUUCCCCUCCAAGCAACAGUGAUUAUAUGCUUGAAUCCUUAUUUGCUUCUGUCACACUCAGAAAUUUAGCGGUAUUCCCCCUUAAAGUCACCAUUACUUGAAAAAACAAAACACAUUCAAAAGUUUUACGUAGGAAUGUGGCCAAUAAAAGUCCCGGCGCUCUCGGGGCGGUGCGAGUAUGAGCAGGACAAACAAGGUGUUUGAAAAAUGUCCUUUUUUACGAUUCCUUCAUGUAAAACUUCUGUGGUUUUAAGUUUUUCCUUUUUUUGUAUGUUGCGCAUUUGAGUCUAAACUGACUUCCUUGUGUUUUUCUUCCCUUUCUUUUGAGUUGUUGAAGUGUUUUUUUUGUUUGCUGACAUCAUGUAUGUACUGUGCUUCAUAUUGUGGUUUACAAUUAAGGUUCAGUACUCAAGUAAAUCCUGUGGAUUUGGGAACGGGAGUACGGGCAAUGCCAGUAACGAUGACGCUGUUAAUAAGACAUUGUGUCUUGUGAUGCCAAAAACAGAUUCAUGUUGGAUCUAUUUGUACCUUCAAGUGAAGGAUUAUUUACACAUAGAUGCUAAGAAUACUAUUAGAAAAAUUGAGCUUAUACUCUUAAGCUUUUUUAAGUAGCAGCUGGCUGCUUUAUGUCUCCACUUGAUGUGGUUGCAGAAAGGAUUUUAUGACGUUUUAUGCUGUUUUAGACAUCACUGGGGCGAUCUUUUUUUAAAACCUUUAUCAUGGCUGCUAAUGACAGAUGCCCGAAUUGUUUGUUUAUUCUGUACUCGAGUCAAAAAUGCAGCUUAGUUGGGAUCCACACAUUAACUCGUAGCUCUUUCUCUUUAGGUCCACUCGGCGAUGGAGGGUUCAGAGGGUUUCGCUGAUCGCUUGGAAGAAUGACAUUUUUUCUUUCUUUAUUUUCAGGUGGUGACACAAACAUGGGAGUGGCUUAAACUCGUUCAGAGACCGUGUCAGAGGUUUAGCAUGCUUUCAUCAAUCAAAAACGUCACUUAUUUGAUAUUAUUUGACGUAUCAUAGAGUAAAAGUUAAGCUUCCUGGACAAAAUUGCAAAAUGUUGUUAUGAACUGGUAAUCCUCCAUACUUUACUCCUAACUGUCUUAGUCAAUGUUCUCAUGUUUAGUAAUAUGAAGUUUCAGUGUGAAGCACAAACAUCUGAAAGUAGUUUUAUUUAUUCAUUUGUCUGUCUGCAAAACUACAUAGAAACAACCUUUCUGGGCUUGUAAAACGUACUGGGGCUCCAGUAAGAAUAUUUAGCAUUGUUUUGGUUUACAGUUCAAAAAUCAGCAUUGACUUUCCUUUCUUCAAAGUUUUCCUACAAAUAUAAGAAUGACCAAGAAACAAAUUUAUUUACUGCAUCUUUAAUAAAACACAUUCUGCUGAUGUUUCAUAUUAAUAACAAAGAUUUGAUAUUUUGUCUUCUUUUCACCCCUUAACCUUUUGUUGAUUUAAAUAAAACCUCAACAGUGGUUAAGGAAACCUUUAUUUCUUUCUCUUCUAUAUAUUAGUCAAAAAUAAAAGAUUAUCACUUCUGGUUAAUGUAAAGUAAUGUUGUAAGAUGUAGAGGAGGGUUGGUGAAAGCGUGCGUAGUUGUGGUCCAGCUCUGGUGUCACACGGCUCUGUUAGACGUUUCAGCUGCCCUCAUGUUUUGGAUGUCACUCUGGAUUUGAACCAGCGGCGUGAACAGCCGUCACAUCAUCAUCCCAGCGGAGUGACGUCUGAGAUUAACUCCAUUUUCCAUCCGCUACACCCCCCCUCCCCUAACAGGAGCUGUUGGCGAGCUGCAGGAGCUGUUGCUGCUGUGUCAGCUUCUCCCCCUGAACUAAUGCGUUUCAAACUUACAGUUUUAUUUCAGUCCUGCAGCGUCCAGCCUGGGGAACAAAACUUGAACUUUUCUCCCUCAACAGCAGCUGCUGGUUUUCAGUCCCUGCUUCUCCAGCCUUCGCUGUCAUUCCAACUUACCUCACACACGUUUGACCAUUGCUCAUCUUUUCCUUGAUGCUGCUGCUGUUGAGUGAGCUUCUGUAUCGAUCAGGGUGGCCUGCCUGGAUUACCAUUGUUUGUUAGCCCGGUGGAUGGAGGUUUCUAUCUCCGUGACGACAGCCGGGGUCACUGGGCAGACGCGUAACUCUAAAGCAAGCCGCUUUAUGGCUUUCUCUACACCAAAGGUCAUCGCAGCUUCUUGAGAUUCUUUGUUUGGUCGGAGUUUUAAAAAGACACUUCUGUGACGAUUCUGAUGUCGAACUUUUAUCAGGCAUCAAAUAAUGACUGAAAAUCCAAGCUGUUAUGACUGGAGCUGUUCACAGAGCAUCUUUGUGUGUUUUCACUCUGCAUUCGCACCAAUUGUCACGAUUCAGUCACGUUCUCUGUUGGAUUAUUCUGAAAUCAUUCUGCAAUUUGUUCAGACCCUGUUCAUGACAUUUGUCUACAACUAUGUUAAGAUGUGCAAAAUUGUCACUGAAACUGAAUGUUACAUUUCACUGAAGAAACUUGUGGAAAAUAAAUUUUCUCUAAUGC